CAUCGAGAGUAAUGUUACAGAACCCGAAGACUGAAGACACUGCGUAUCGCUCGCUCACACACAGCCAUUGCACUGCAUUGAGAUACAUACAGCGACAGCCUUUGACGCGAUAUCAAGAUGGGGAAAGAUCCAACCAAGCCUAGAGGAAAGAUGUCCUCCUAUGCCUAUUUUGUUCAGACCUGUCGGGAAGAACACAAGAAGAAGCAUCCGGAAGCUUCUGUCAACUUCUCAGAGUUCUCCAAGAAAUGCUCUGAGCGUUGGAAGACCAUGUCUGCCAAAGAGAAGGGCAAGUUUGAGGAUCUGGCCAAACUGGACAAGGUCCGUUAUGAGAGAGAGAUGAAGAACUACAUCCCACCCAAGGGAGAGAAGAAGAAGAGGUUCAAGGACCCCAACGCACCCAAGAGACCCCCGUCGGCCUUCUUCAUCUUCUGUGCCGACUUCCGUGCCAAAGUGAAAGGCGAAACCCCCGGCCUGACCAUCGGCGACGUGGCCAAGAAGCUGGGGGAGAUGUGGAACGGCACCUGUGCCGAAGACAAGCAGCCCUACGAGAAGAAGGCCGCCAAGCUGAAGGAGAAAUACGAGAAGGACAUCGCUGCGUACCGCGCCAAGGGCAAGGUGGGCGUGUCCGUGCCGGCGAAAGCCCCCGCCAAGAUGGAGAAGAAGGUGGAGGAUGACGACGACGAUGAUGAUGACGACGACGAUGAUGAUGAUGAUGACGAUGAUGAUGACGAGUAGAUUCCCUAACAUGUAGAGCUUCAUUUCUUGUUUAUAAAAAGCAUUUAAUCCCCCCACCCCCCUGUACACAAUUCACUUACCGAAAAGAAAAAAAAUGGUAGUAAUAGUAAAAAAAAAAAAAAAAAGAAGACAAAGAUUAAAACAGAAAAAAAUAACGCUGUGUAUAUGAAUGGUUUUUAAGCUGUACAGUUUUUUUUUUUUUUGUAUAGUUAACACUACAAAAGUGUCUUGUGUUUUGUGUGUCUGCAAGUCUUAUUUCUUGGUGGUAGUUCCUAGACCACUAUCCCUGUCCGGUACAGUUCAAAGGGGUUCUAGAAUUGUCUAAACCGGUGGGCUUACUUUAACCCAGGCUAAAGGUGCACAGUACACAACCCAGUUUUUUUCGUGGGGUCGUAGUUCCUUUUUCCUUUGUUUAUUUCUCUUUAAUUUUUUAUCUUUAAUGACGUAUUAUCAAAUCGCCGUAUCAUAAAGUUAUCUUACUGUACUUUGAAUACCACUGUAAUUGCAAAGUAAGAAAAUGAUUGCAUCUGUAUUUUUUGGGUUAAAAUUCUGAAUUGCUUCUGCGUCAAUAAACUUCUUUUUUUUUAAUA